AUGACGGCUUUAGCGACCUCCUCAAGUGCGGUGAGCGUCAGAAGGCAGAGGGGCCAUGGUCGAGUCUCGCUGCGUGCUCUGGAGGCAGCACUGUUGCUUGCGCUCCUGCUUCUCGGAGCGUGCUCCAGCGUGGCACUCAUAGUGAAUGCGGUGAAAGGUCACCAUGCCACUGUGCAUGAUGACGCACGCGUUCAGUCAGUGUGGUUGGCGAGCGCAGCAGCAGCGGCAGCGUCGGAUAUGAGGGAAUCGAACGUGCACGUGCUGCGCAAGAUGAAUCAGCAGAACUGGCACCUCCUCGAUGGUGAUCAGCUGAUCCCUGGAGACGGCAAGAGCGUCGCACACGCGCGCCCUCUGCGCGGCGCGCCACUUACGGGGGUCUGUGAGGGACCCCCUGAAUGCGAGUCACCACCACUGCCACGAGCACCACAGACCCAUUCGGACGCGGGGCGCCAUUCAAAACAGGCUGGUGUCCAUCCCCGUGACCACACCACUUCUGACGCGCCACAGGACGCAGCUCCCGUCGGGCAGCACCACUGUCGUACGAAACACCCUGCACGAGUCACCUCUUCUUUGCACCAACAACACAAGGCAGCCGCAGAAUACGCUGGCACGGAACCGCCCCGCAUCUCUCUCGACUCCCUCCGUCUUGUGAUCCAGCUUGAGGACGAGGUUGCCACCAAGGAGGACAACGUAGAAGUCCACGAAGACGGCGACGACAAGCAUGCCUCACCGCAGCGUAGGGUGCCACAUCACAGUAGACGGUUGCAGGAGAAUUCAGCUCAUCUCCAUAGUAGAGAUUAUGGGCACCGGCGGGGGCGCGCCCGCGACAGCAAUGCACACCGCCAUCACAGUUUCUUGGCGCUCCGAGAGCAGCCGGUAAGUGGUCUGCGCAGACUAGCCGUGGAGCAGCAUGCCAUCGAACAUCAUAGCGAUGGAGGCGGUGCCGCCGAGGUGGUAUCAACCGAUGCCAAGAAUGUGACGUCUAUGACGGAGUCGAAAGAGGAGCGGCAGCGUCGCUGCCUCGUGGUGAACACUCAGGACUCGAAGGCGACUAGCAUGGAGUCGCUGCGGGAGGGCACGCCGCGCAAAGGUUGCCUUAUCGUGCCUGCCGAAGUAGGCAACGACAUCCCGAGUAGCGAGAACAACGCAAAGCGCACCGUAGCGAUCAUGUCGCUUUUUGUGUCCGCCCUCUUUGGGGCUUUUCUCUUUGUCGUCUAA